GUUGCAUAUGUCAAUGUAAAAGGCACCAUAUGUAUAAAAGGUACCUGUUUUUUUCUGUAGGCGUAACACGGAAGAAACGUGCGUCAGCUCAGCCUAACACCUACGACUUUUGCUCUGGCCUCGCCUAAAGUUUACCAGUGAACUCAACCUAGGAGGCAUGGCCCCUACUCCUCCUUCUGGGCCUCUGCCUGCAAGCACAGAGCAGGUUUACUCAGGCCUGGUUGAGGCUCCGCUCGUAGUUCCACCACAACUGGUACAAUACUACAUGCGGAAGAGCGGGCAAGGACCUGUCCUGUACAACAUCAGCGCGGACGACCGGGAGUGCAACGAAGACAUGCGAUUGACGCAAGUGGUCAGCCUAGCGUCGCAGCGGUUCUUGGCUACCGUGCUCCACGAUGCGCUGCAGUACCACAAGAUGAAGCGUUCCGCGGGGGUGAAAGCCAUGAAGGAGGCUGGGGUAGACCCUAAGGAUAAGCGCCGAGUGUUGCGGACUGACGACCUGGCUCAGGCGUUGCAGGAGUACGGCGUAACGCUCCGAAACCCACCGUACUACGUGGACGCAAAGGACCAACCAGCUGCUGGCCGGAGAUGACCCGCUCCAUGGUCUGGCGGCAGUUGCGUUUCUUCCGGGUUACGAGAGUUUUUGUCUGAGCAUUAUGCAUGUAAUGAAGAGGGAAACGACUGUCUUAUGACGAAAGACAGCGUCCCGUUCUUCGGCGGGUUCGGUUGAAUUACAGUUGAACUCAAUUUGGAGCCAUGCCAUGCCUGAGGGUGUGCGGCUUGGGGUGAUGAUGUACGUUUGCGAUGUAGAGUGGCGCACAGUAGGGCCGCAAGUAGGAAGCUUUUUCAAGCACUUUUGCCGCCGGUGUACCCAGAGCGCCGCGACGCAUGUGCUGGGCCUGCGCCACGGCUAUGAACGUAUGUGUGUUGUGGAAACUGGCCGCGAGCGUACCGGUUAGGGGCGUAUGGAGGAUUUGUCGUUAUGUAGUAGUAGGUGACGAGGAGGGAGAUUGAUUGGAUUGGCUUUACAUAGGAUGAAGCGCAAGGAGGAAUAGGAGCUGCCUUAGUGGCUCCAUUCAACUUCCAUUCCAUGUGCACACCGUUGCCCGGUGGGCACAUGGGCCAAGCGCAUGUGGGCCACGACGGUGCUACUGCCGUAUAGUAACAGUUGCCGUCGAUAGCGCAACCCAAGCAUAGUUACACGUUCAUCAUCGCCGCUGUGGUUUCUUAUCGCCUAGGGGCUGUCAAUGCCUUGCUGCUGGAUACCAGACAUGCCGGCAGGACCACAGCCGCCGUUGUCAAAACAAAAUGAGUAGUCAAUACCGCGCUCCUAUGAUAGCGUGUUGCACCAGAUAAGGCAGAACGCACUUAAGACUACGCGUUUGCGUCGCUACGCAAAAAGCCGCAUACUGGUACAGAUUGCACCCCAUGCUGUAAAGAACAUGAAACCAA